GUGUAUCAGUAUGACAAUAAUUAAGUUGCUGAUCCUAAAUUCUAAUAGAGCUGAGUUACUAGACGCAUUUUUCUAUGCCCAACGGCACUUCUGGCAUAGCAAUUACAAUUCCGCGGAACAACCGAUUUUUUCCAUAUCUGUAAAAUAUUGCACACGGUUUAUGUACUUCGCAUUCGCUGCUCAGCCAGCUACUUUAUCCGGCUACGUGAUUACGCCUCUUAUUGAAAACCUUGGACAAAAUAAGUCGAACAGGGCACUUCCAUUCAAGAUGUGGGUCGACUGGCCCAUAUCUGACACAUCGUAUUACGAACUAAUGUUUACUUUUCAGGUGAUAUGCUUAUACUUAAUUGGCGUCGCGUAUGUUUGCCCUGAAAUGUUUUUAUGCCUCUUUAAUCUGCACGUGAUGGGUCAAUUUCGUAUACUACAAUACAGAAUGUUGAAUUUCUGGAACGUUAAAGGCAAAGAAAUAGACGAAGUUAUGUACGCCGAUUAUUGUUAUGCAGCUCUGAAGAAGUGUAUACGAUAUCAUCAAUUGUUUAUUGAGUUCUGCGAUAAGAUCGAACAAAUAUACACCAUGUCGAUCUUUACGCACAUGGUAUUUUUAAGCCUGUUAAUGGGUUUGGAUUGCUACGAAAUACUCGUGGCAGAUGCAACUCCUUCUAUGCGUCUGAUGUUCAUAUUCCACGUAGCUGGCAGCCUAAUUCACCUUUGUGUCCUCACGUACACUUGCCACCUUAUGAUGGAAGAAAGCACCAACAUUAAUACAACGGUAUAUUUAGGUUCGUGGAGCACUUUGCCAAUGAACAAAGCUGGCAUAUCGUUACGAUCGGAUUUAAAAUUCGUUAUGAUAAGAUCGGAGAAACCAUGCUGUCUGACUGCUGGUGGAUUUUUUCCUGUGUCUUUGGAGACUUUUACCACGCUUUUAAGUUCUACAUUUUCCUAUUUUACCCUGAUGAGGGAGGCUUUCAUGAGACACGAUGACGAUUAGUACACAAAACAGAUUAAUAUGUAUUAACAGCGACGCUAGAAAUAUAUAAAAGUGUAG